GCCUUGCGCAAACAGAAGGUUUAUAACGAAGUUGUUAGGCUUCAUUCACUGUUCGUGAUCUCCAGACCACCAAGAGGAGCACAUAGAUAAAACUGAGAGUGGAGGCAAUUCAGGGGCUCUUAUGUUGGAAAAAGAAAAUGAAAGAACAUGAUUCUGGAAAGGAAUGUUUGGCAGCUGCCCCUUCCUACAGGGCUGUCCCUUCCAGAGACGCCUUACCUGGAAGUGAAGUAAGCCACUAUCAGCUGUCCAGUGUCCAGGAUGCUUUGGAAACUGCAGGCAGGGCCGAAGGCGGCUUCCUGCUGGAGGGAGGUGAUGUUUCUCACAGCAAAGAGAUGGAGGAAGACUCUGGCCGAAGCAAGUAUCACCACAGCGUGGGUGUCCUUAAGCCCUUCCGUUCCACCAGCAAGCACCAGCACCCAGUGGACAAUGCUGGCCUCUUCUCCUUCAUGACCUUCAGCUGGCUCACUCCGCUGGCCACGCUCGCCCACAGGAAGGGCCAGCUCUUCCUGGAGGACACCUGGGCCGUGUCUCGGUGGGAGAGCUGCGAGACUAACUGCAGACGGCUUACAGGGCUUUGGGAGAGGGAGUUGAAGGCACGAGGGGAACAGGCCUCCCUUCACCACAUCGUCUGGCUCUUCUGCCGAACCCGCCUGCUGCUCUCCAUCCUGUGCCUCAUGGUCACCCAGCUUGCCGGCUUCAGCGGCCCAGCGUUUGUGGUGCGCCGGCUGCUGGAAUACACGCAGAGGAGCGAGCCGGACCUGCCCUACGGCCUGCUGCUGGUCCUGGGACUGCUGGCCACCGAGCUGGUGCGCUCCUGGUCCCUGGCCCUCACCUGGGCACUCAACUACCGGACGGGCACGCGCCUGCGUGGAGCCAUCCUCACUAUGGUCUUCCACAAGAUCCUUCGCCUACGCGGCCUACGAGACAAGUCCAUCGGAGAGUUGAUCAACAUGUGUUCAAAUGAUGGACAACGCAUGUUUGAGGCUGCAGCAGUGGGCAGUCUGCUGGCAGGAGGCCCCCUGGUGGCCAUUUUGGGAAUGGCCUACAACCUUUCUGUGCUGGGGCCCACAUCUCUGCUGGGCUCUGCUGUCUUCAUUCUCUUCUACCCUGCUAUGAUGUUUAGCUCCAGACUGACAGCUUACUUCAGGAGGAAAGGAGUGGCCAUCACUGACCAGCGCGUUCAAAAGAUGAACGAAAUCCUUAAUUACAUCAAGUUCAUUAAGAUGUAUGCUUGGGUCAAGGCUUUCUCACAAACCGUGCGAAGAAUAAGAGAUGAGGAGCGCCAGAUCCUGGAGCGCACUGGAUAUUUCCAGAGCAUAACUGUCGGUGUGGCUCCUAUCGUCGUGGUGAUUGCUAGUGUGGCAACUUUUUCCACUCAUAUGUUGCUAGGUUAUGACCUCACUGCUGCUCAGGCAUUUACUGUCGUGACUGUCUUCAAUGCCAUGACCUUUGCCCUGAAGGUCACCCCUUUCUCUGUUAAGUCUCUUUCCGAAGCAUCUAUAGCCAUGGAGAGGUUCAGGAGCGUGCUGCUGAUGGCUGAGGUCAGUUCGGUCCGCGAGUGCCCGCAGAGCCCCAGUAUGGCCGUGGAGCUGAGCGGGGCCAGCCUGGCCUGGGAGUCUGCCGGCCACAGCGCCCAGCCCACGCCCCGCGGCACACCGUAUGUGGGGCUGAGUCAGAGAGCCUCCCGCACCAAACAGCACCAGCACGGGGAGGCCGGGCACUGCGCCAUGUCUGAGGAGGAGCGACGCGAGCAGAUGCUGACAAACGUUACUGGGGACACGGGCUCGAGAGUAGAAGAGCACACCCUUCACGUGCCCACCGUUAGCCAGCGGCUACAGAGGACCUUGCACUGCGUCGACCUCACCAUACAGCAGGGUAAGCUAGUUGGUAUCUGUGGUAGUGUAGGUAGCGGAAAGACAUCCCUCAUCUCUGCCAUCCUUGGCCAGAUGACUCUUCUGGAAGGAACGGUGGCUGUAAGUGGAGAUUUUGCAUAUGUGGCCCAGCAGGCAUGGAUCCUUAACGCCACUCUACGAGACAACAUCCUUUUCGGCAAGGAAUACGAGGAAGACAGGUACCAAGCAGUUUUGAGUGCCUGUUGUUUGAGACCAGACUUGGCUAUACUUCCUAAUGCAGACUUGACUGAGAUAGGUGAGCGAGGCGCUAACCUAAGCGGGGGUCAGCGCCAGCGGAUAAGUCUGGCCCGCGCUCUGUAUAGCGACAGGGACAUUUACGUCCUAGACGACCCCCUGAGUGCCCUUGACGCCCACGUGGGGAACCACAUCUUUAACAACGCUAUCAAGAAGCAGCUGCAUGGAAAGACUGUCAUUUUUGUCACUCACCAGCUACAAUACUUGGUGGACUGCGAUGAUGUACUCUUCAUGAGAGAGGGGAGCAUCGCAGAACUGGGAACUCACGAGGACCUCAUGAAACUGAAUGGUGACUACGCAGCCAUGUUCAACAAUCUGCAGCUGGGAGAAGCUCCUUUUGCUGAGGUGCCAAAUAAGACCUCUGGGAGUUCCCUUAAGAAGCCCAGUGAAAAUACCAAGGCAGGAUCUGUGAAAAAGGAUAAACCUCCCAGCAAGGAUGAUGGACGGCUGAUGCAGGUGGAAGAGCAGGGUAAGGGUUCUGUGCCCUGGGCCGUGUACGGAAUCUACAUCCAUGCCUUAGGAGGCUUGCCUGUCUUCCUCUUCAUCUUGGCCCUCUUCAUCCUCAACGUGGGCAGCACCGCCUUCAGUAACUGGUGGCUUAGCUACUGGAUCAAACAGGGCAGUGGGAACACCACAGUGGUGGUGGGGAACAGCUCGGUGGUGAGUGACAGCAUGCGGGAUAACCCUCUGAUGCAGUACUACACUGCCGUCUACGCCAUGUCUAUGGUCAUUAUGCUUUUACUCAAACUCCUGAGGGGCAUCAUCUUUGUCAAGGGAACUCUGCGUGCCUCCUCUAGGCUCCAUGAGGAACUUUUCCGGAAGAUUCUCCGUAGCCCUAUGAAGUUCUUUGACACCACACCCACAGCCCGGAUCCUCAACCGCUUCUCCAAGGAUAUGGAUGAAGUGGACACGCGCCUGCCGUUCCAGGCAGAGAUGUUCAUCCAGAACAUGAUUCUGGUGCUCUUCUGCCUGGGCGUGAUCGGCAGCGUGUUCCCGUGGUUCCUGGUGGCAGUGGGCCCGCUGGUGCUCCUCUUCAUCCUGCUCCAUGUCGUGUCCCGCGUCUUCAUACGGGAGCUGAAGCGGCUGGACAAUAUCACACAGUCCCCCUUCCUCUCCCACAUCGCCUCCAGCAUUCAGGGCCUGAGCACCGUACAUGCCUAUGGGAAAGGGGACGAGUUCCUCCGCAGGUACCAGGAGCUGCUAGAUCAGAACCAGGCCCCUUUUUAUCUGUUCAGCUGCGCGAUGCGCUGGCUGGCCGUGCGGCUGGAUGUGAUCAGCGUCGCUCUCAUAAGCAUCACGGCACUGAUGAUCGUCCUCAUGCAUGGGAAAAUCCCCCCUGCUUACGCAGGCCUGGCCAUUUCCUAUGCUGUGCAGCUGACCGGACUGUUCCAGUUCACUGUGCGCCUGGCUUCUGAGACCGAGGCUCGCUUCACGUCAGUCGAGAGAAUCCACUACUAUAUCAAGUCUCUGUCACUAGAGGCCCCUGCAAGGGUCAAAAACAAGGCCCCCCCUCCAGACUGGCCACAGGAGGGUGAGGUGGUGUUCGAAGGGGUAGAGAUGCGGUACAGGGAGAACCUUCCCCUGGUACUGAAGAAACUGUCCUGCACAAUACAUCCCAAGGAGAAGAUUGGGAUUGUGGGGCGAACAGGCUCAGGGAAGUCUUCCUUGGGAGUGGUUCUCUUCCGCCUGGUGGAGCCGUGUGGUGGCACCAUCAAGAUCGAUGGUGUCAACAUCUGUGACAUCGGCCUUGCUGAUUUACGCAGCAAGCUCUCCAUAAUUCCGCAGGAACCUGUACUUUUCAGUGGCACCGUCAGAUCUAACCUUGAUCCAUUCAACCAGUACUCGGAGGAGCAGAUCUGGGAUGCCCUAGAGAGGACUCACAUAAAGGAGUGUGUGUCUCAGUUGCCCCUGAAGCUGGAAUCAGAAGUUGUGGAAAAUGGGGAGAAUUUUUCAGUUGGUGAGAGGCAGCUGCUGUGUGUGGCAAGAGCACUGCUGAGACGGUGCAAGAUCUUGAUCCUGGACGAGGCCACUGCUGCUAUGGACACAGAAACAGAUUCCCUCAUUCAGGAGACAAUUCGGAAUUCAUUCCAAGACUGCACCACAUUAACCAUCGCACACAGACUCCACACAGUACUCAACUGUGAUCGCAUCAUGGUGCUCAACCAGGGCCAGGUGGUGGAAUUCGAUGAGCCGUCCAUUCUUUUGGCCAAUGAAAACUCUCGGUUUUGUGCCAUGCUGGCUGCGGUGGAGAAUAAGAUUUCUGUGAGAGGCUGAAAAAAGCCCAAGCUAACUGUGUGCACAUUAGUAUAGAGGGAAAAUAUAAAAUUCCUUUACUGAAUAUUUCAGCCAUUGGUGCUUCAGUGUCACCCCCCUUUUGAGGGCUCUUAUGUCUAUGGAGGGGGAAUAUUGUGUCUCCAUGGAGACUGUUCUUAGAACAUGCCUGUUCAAAUGUACUAAUUGUUAGCUGAAAUGGUCAGGUCACCAAACACUGAUACUGUAAUAAUAUUUUGCAUUGUAUAAGAGGACAUUGGUUUUCAUGUAGCUCCAUUCAUGCAAACUGGUAUAUUUCAUAGAGUAUAUCUAUACAUAUAUAUUAUAUAUUUUCACUGGGAAACAGUGUAUCCAGAGUCCUUAUGCACUGGCCCUGUUUGUGUAAUGUCUCAAGUAGACCCCACUGUAUCAUAACAAUUAGUGUUUGUUGUUGUUGUUGUUGUUGUUGUUGUUUUUUAUCAACUUGAUUGUCUUGAGUGUCUAUGUAAUUCUGAUAUCUUGUGACUUGAACCCUGAACCUUGGCACAGGUCAUUUUUGCCCACAGCAGGUUUUUGAUGGCACUAAGUAGUUGUGAUUUUUAAAUGGACACAGUGCUGCUUAUUCACUGAAUCCUUGCUUCACAUAUCAAGGACAGUCUUAUUUUAGCUAAGAGGCCUUGUACAUGUACAACCUAUCUUUCUUCCUUGUUUUGUUAUUGUCUGAAGUGUCUUUUUUUUUAUUAUGUGGCAUUAUUUGCUUGGCCUUGCACUUUCAUGCACAGACAGAAGAGCUCCAACCCCUAUUGUUGAUGUGAGGUCUGGUAUUUUCUUUUUUCAGAUUUUUUUUUUUUUUUUUUUUUUUUUUUUUUUUUAAGCACAAUCUGUGUACUUUAUUGGGCCAAGUUCUUUUUGGUCAUAGCAGACAUUUUCUCCCCUUGGAGUGGGUCUAUCACAGCGAAGCUGGGAAUAGCAAACCAUCUGAAUGAACCUCCAGUUAUCAGGUGGUGAAGGUCAUCUGUGGUCUGGAUGAAAGCAGAUCAGAUUUCAUGCCUGCCAACUCAGCAGAGCGUGCAAUAUGUCUGUUGUUUUCAUUACUUAGCCUUAGCAUGAUUUCUUAAUUGCCUUUGUGAAGAGAGUAAGAUAAGGGGAUUGGACAAUAAAAACCCUCUGUUGUGUUAAUAAAAUUAUUUUAGGUUUAUUC